UGGUGUAAUUGCAAAGCAACGUUUCGUGUUUGUGGAAUACAUUAAGGGGUUACAUGGGUUUCACGGAUUCAAAAAAUCGCUUUUUUUUGUUGCUUAUUAAAAUCUACAACAUCUCUAGAAUAUUAUCCGAAAAUUUCAACUUGAUCCGAGUAAUAGUUUCAGAGAUACAGCCUUUUAAAGUUGCGCGCUCAAGGCUACCUGCUGGGCUCCGCUUGCCAUAAAAUACGGAACUGCAKCAUGAUAAUCACUGAGACACUACUCUCCACUGCUGCAAAAGAAGAAAGACAAUUAACGARUGAUGAAAAUGACGGUGAAGAUACGAUAGAUGUGAGUGUUUCUGGUGAUGGAACGUGGAAGAAGCAUGGUUUCGCAUCACUAUAUGGUGUGAGUUCAUUAAUCGGAUUUUAUUCGGGAAAAAUCUUGGAUGUAAUUAUUAAAAGUUCUUACUGUAAAUUAUGUGAGUCGUGGAAAAACAAAUUAGAUACUGCAGAGUAUGAAGAGUGGAARGAACAACACAUUGAAUCAAAUGAAUGUAACGCUAAUCACACUGGAGCAUCUGAGAACAUGGAACCAUCUUCUGUUAUUGAAAUGUUUCAACGUUCUAUUGUUAAACAUGGCCUGAGGUAC